AGAGCAGAUUGAGAGGGCGGGAGGCGGCUCGGCGUGGCGGGGCGGGGCGAGCGGCGCGGCCGGAUUCAUUCCUGUGGGGCGCGGGGCAUGGAGGAGCUGUGCGGCCGCAGGCGGAGCUGGGCGGCCCGGGCGACGGCGGGCACAACGGUUCCCAUUUGAAGGGGGCGGCCCGAGCAGCCAGCGGCGGCGGGGAGGACUUGCCCCCGGGCAGAUGUUGGAAGGAAGUAGGACAGAGCAUACUCUCCGUGGUUUUAUAUCCGUUCUGGGGUGCAGUGGAUUAACCUUGCACUUUGGUUCCUGUAACUCCUGCCUGUGUCGGUAGAGUUAAGCUGGAUCUCUGCUUCGAAGGAUAAAUAAAGCACAGCCUUUCCAUUGGACAUAAAUGGAUCUAAAGACAGCAGUAUUUAACGCAGCUCGGGAUGGCAAACUCCGACUUCUCACCAAGUUGUUGGCAAGCAAAUCCAAAGAGGAGGUUUCCUCCUUGAUCUCUGAAAAAACAAAUGGGGCCACCCCACUCUUGAUGGCUGCGAGGUAUGGGCACCUUGACAUGGUGGAAUUCCUCCUAGAGCAAUGCAGCGCCUCCAUAGAAGUCGGGGGCUCUGUCAAUUUUGAUGGCGAAACCAUUGAGGGGGCUCCUCCUUUGUGGGCAGCUUCUGCAGCAGGACAUCUGAAGGUGGUUCAGUCUUUGUUAAAUCAUGGAGCGUCUGUCAACAACACAACUUUAACCAAUUCAACUCCUCUUCGAGCUGCAUGUUUUGAUGGCCAUUUGGAAAUAGUGAAGUACCUUGUAGAACACAAAGCUGAUUUGGAAGUGUCAAAUCGACAUGGGCAUACGUGCUUGAUGAUUUCAUGUUACAAAGGACAUAAAGAGAUCGCUCAGUAUUUACUUGAAAAGGGAGCAGAUGUUAACAGAAAAAGUGUUAAAGGUAAUACUGCAUUACAUGAUUGUGCAGAAUCUGGAAGUUUGGACAUCAUGAAGAUGCUUCUUAUGUAUUGUGCCAAGAUGGAAAAGGAUGGUUAUGGAAUGACUCCUCUUCUCUCAGCAAGUGUGACUGGUCACACAAAUAUUGUGGAUUUUCUGACACACCAUGCACAGACCAGCAAGACAGAACGUAUCAAUGCUCUAGAGCUUCUGGGAGCUACAUUUGUAGACAAAAAAAGAGAUCUCCUAGGGGCUUUGAAGUAUUGGAAAAAGGCAAUGAACAUGAGGUACAGUGACAGGACUAAUAUAAUUAGUAAACCAGUACCUCAGACGCUAAUAAUGGCUUAUGAUUAUGCCAAGGAGGUAAACAGUACGGAAGAGCUAGAAGGUCUUAUUGCUGAUCCUGAUGAGAUGAGAAUGCAGGCACUAUUAAUUAGAGAGCGUAUUCUAGGUCCUUCUCAUCCUGAUACCUCUUACUAUAUUAGAUACAGAGGCGCUGUCUAUGCAGACUCUGGCAAUUUCAAACGAUGCAUCAACCUGUGGAAGUAUGCUUUGGAUAUGCAGCAAAAUAAUUUGGACCCUCUAAGCCCAAUGACUGCCAGCAGCUUAUUAUCUUUUGCAGAACUAUUCUCUUUUAUGCUACAGGAUAGGGCUAAAGGCCUGCUGGGUACCACUGUUACAUUUGAUGAUCUUAUGGGCAUCCUAUGCAAAAGUGUACUUGAAAUAGAGCGAGCUAUCAAACAAACUCAGUGUCCAGCUGACCCAUUACAGUUAAAUAAAGCCCUUUCCAUCAUUUUGCACUUAAUUUGCUUGUUAGAAAAAGUUCCUUGUACUCUAGAACAGGACCAUUUCAAAAAGCAGACUAUAUACAGAUUUCUUAAGCUGCAUCCGAGGGGAAAGAACAACUUCAGCCCUCUUCAUCUGGCUGUGGACAAGAAUACUACGUGUGUGGGGCGGUACCCUGUUUGUAAAUUUCCAUCUCUGCAAGUUACUGCGAUACUAAUAGAAUGUGGUGCUGAUGUGAACGUCAGAGACUCCGAUGACAACAGUCCCCUACAUAUCGCUGCUCUGAACAACCAUCCAGAUAUCAUGAAUCUCCUUAUUAAAUCAGGUGCACAUUUUGAUGCCACAAACUUGCACAAACAAACUGCUAGUGACUUGCUGGACGAGAAGGAAAUAGCUAAAAAUUUGAUCCAGCCCAUAAAUCAUACCACACUGCAGUGUCUUGCUGCUCGUGUCAUAGUGAAUCAUAGAAUAUAUUAUAAAGGGCAUAUCCCAGAAAAGCUAGAGACCUUUGUUUCACUUCAUAGAUGAUAAUUUGACUGUAUUUUAGCACUCUUAAAGCACGAAUUGGUAACAGUUGUUUCAUAAACGAGCACUGUUGUGAUAACACCAGCAUUCAUUUAGCUUGAUAUCAUCGUGCUCUCAUUGGCUAAAGCAUUAUAAGCAUCAAAUUUACAUGAUUGGUUUCCCAGUAUUUAAUAUAAAAAUACCAUAUAAUAUAUUGUUUGUGAAUUAUUGAGAAAUGUGAUGUCAUAAUCAAAUUUCUAAAAUUGUCUGCCAAAGGCUUAUUCAUUCUGGUUUUGUUCGCUUUUGGUGUUUGGUACAGAGUUAAGUGUUUUUCAGUGGUGUCUUUAUACUUUACUGCUUUGUGAAUUUUAUACAAUUGAAGGUCUUUUUUUUUUUUUUUUCCCCUGCUGCUUCCUUCAAGUUUCUCCUGUUACUACUUUAUUUUUUUUCCUAACCAUUUCUACUACAAUUUUUUCUCCUUGUGGACACAUGCUAGACUGUACAAACUUUAUGGACUUGUUACCAUUUGCAGUUACCAUAAGUGCUUUAUCUUCUCUAUGCACCGGCUUAAACUUGACUGUUGUAUGUUAGCAUAUUUUCUAUGCAGCAGUUGGUCAACUUCAACUCCAAACACUGUUUUCUUAAGUGUGUUACAAAGUUCAUUUUAUGAAAGUACUCUUAAUAGCAUGACAUUUUUUAGAGCUGCAGGUUAGCCAGCUAUCUUAGCUCAAGCUUUUUUGUUUUUUUCUUCACAUCUGAGGUUUCUUUCUCUAACCCACUGAAAUUAUUGUGUGCUAAAUUUGGGAAACAAAUCUAUUCUAACUCAUUAACCCAAUUGAAAUUUAGGUCUGUCAUCUUAAUAUAUCAUGCAGUAAAAGGAAGAAUCUUCUCAAGUGACCCACCUUUCAUGCUGCUCCAGCGUCGUCCUGCUUGUGCUGAUGGUGUGACUAGGUGUAGAGAAUUUGCUUAAAUUUAACUUCAAAGCUUAUCACACAGCUUAACAAGUCACAUUGAAAUAUUCAGUAAUUGAACUGCAAAUCACUUUUAGUUAUAAAAAGAGCUAAAGCAUGUCAGUGGCAUGAUGCUUGCCGAGCCAGAUCUAGGCAUCUAGGAUAAUUAAGGUAUUUUAGUAUGCAAUUUACUCCCAUAGUAUCAAAGGUCAGUAACAGUGUUUCUUUCUUCCUUCAAGCUUAAGUAUACCUUUGAAAUAACUUGCAUGAAUUACUUUGGUCUCAAUUAUUUGUUACCCUAGUUAAACACAAAAGGUUGCAGUGCUUCCUAUUCCCUUACUAAAGUUAGCUUUUCUUUUCUCUGUCUCUUUGUCUCUGUCUCUUUCUCUGUCUCUCUGUCUCUCCUUCCCUAAUUUGCUGUUGCCACAGAAAGGGCUCUUUUAACUUAAGAAAAGAUAAAUGAAAAGUACUAAAAAAGAUUCAGGUAAUUAUCAUUCAGCACUUUAUUGUAAUUCAGAAUAAAAUUUAUGAUGGCGUAUUUGCCCUGCAAAUGUCUUAAUGAAAUUGUUCUGAAUAAAAAGUUCCUUAUUGAUUUGAGAGAAACUCAGUUUACCUGUGAGUUUAAUGAGAUGGAUCACUCAUUUGGAUUUUUGUGUCAACAUUUUAUUCUGAGGGUGGAUGUUGUGCUAUUUAAGGAGUCAUCAUUGCAGACAGUCACAUUGUUUACCAUCAUCCUUAGUAAAAAACUGGUAACAGAAUAGUAAAUAAAAAGAAAUUCGACUUUUGGGUUAAAUAAUUGAGCUUUAAUUUUUUAAGAGAUAUUCUUACUCAUUUUUUACUAGGUUGUAAAGUUAAUUUCACCAUUGAAAAAGGUGGAUUAGAUAUAAAUGGGCACUCUCCAACCUUUUCAUGAAGUUUUACUAUCUCUUAUUUACUAUGGGCAAAUUUGAUGAAAUAUUUGAACUGCCACAUAUAUUAAGAUACUUUGUGAUUUAGAUCAAUAUUCUAGAAAUAUCAAACAUCAAUAUUUUGAUAUAUCUGCCUUUAACCUUGUGGUAUAAAAAUUAUAUAUGCAUGAGCUAUAUUUUUAAAAAGGAAAACAUUGCUUAGUUGACCUCAGUGAUUCUGAGGUAAAAGGUAACAACUGGAUUUUUAAGUGAUUUAGUAUUUCCCCUCCUUUUGGGGGAUGAGUGGGAGGGCUUACAUUCUGUUAAGUAAGGCGUAUCUCACACUAUUUUUACAAGUGAGCUUGACUUGUGCAACUCGUAUAAAACAAGGAUUUCUUUAAAUAGCAUUAUGCACCACUUAAAAAAGAAAGCUUAGAAUGCAGUCUUGAUAACUAAAAUUCCUUAUUUCAAUUAGGAAACAAUUCUCUCUUCCCUGUUUGCCAUCUCCACAGAUGCUAUUGGGAGCUCUUGAAAAAUCAGUUACUUUAAUAGCUCAAAAUAAUUUCAGAUUUUAUUUUAGGGGACCUUAAUUCAUAAGUGUGACCUCAGAUACUCACUGUUAAGGCCUUCAUCAGGCCUUAGUAUUCUAAGUAAUUCUUAAGUAUUCUCAAAAUUGUUGUGAGACUGAAUAAAAUACUUAAAUUUGUGCUGUUUUACUACAGAUGAAUAUGUUUAAUACUUAAUGAGCUAAUUAUACUCAUGAGUCAAACUAAACUUGUGCACUGUAACAUGGUGGUUGACCGGGGUUAAUGUGUAAGUUUCUAUUAACAUUUCUACAAAAAAUGCCCUACUGGGGACUGCUGAAUUUUAGAUGUUCCACUCUUUUGAUCAUUUCUGUAAUAGAAAUCAUCAUCUGACUCAGAUUAGAUAGUCUACUUUAUAAAGAUGAAAUGGAUUAUACAUUAAGAAAUAAUCUUUUUUUCUUGUAAGUCUGACAGGUAUAAGUCCAAAUCAGCAAAGAUAAUUUGGUGACCUUUAUGAUUUUGAAGUUAAGUGAUUGAUCACUUAUAAAAUGACUACCUUAAUGUGUAAUAUUUUAGAGACCCCAUCUACUGUGACUUGGGAAAAUUCUUUAGGUUAUAUUUGGGAAAGUAGCUCUUUAAAAAUCCUAUCACCCAGCAGAAACCUUAGCUGAAUUUAGUGGUAUAUAAUCCUUGUAAUUAAUUUUCUUAGAAUUUUGGGGGCUGAAUAAGGUAAAAACAUAUUCUUGUACACUGUAACAGCAGCAUUAUUGCUUGGAACUUGAACCAUUUUAGGGUUAAAUACUAAGGAAACAAGCUAAUUGAUCAUUUUUUAAAUCCUUUUUUUGCCCUCAUAUAUCACUAAACAACUAGUUUCUUUCCCUUUUGUCAGUUCCCAUUGUGUAUUUUUCAAAAGAAGUACUGUAUUCAGAUGCCAGCCAAGAAAUUGUCACACAAUGGAAAAUGAUAUGCCACAACAUUCAUUGUAAGGUUUAAUAAAAUUAAAUUUGCACCAAA